AUGUGGGUCACGAGGUUGAACCUGCACUUUCACGUCUAUAGACUGUACAAAAAGAGUUUCGCAAGAAUAUGUUGUAAGCGUUCGUUGGAUUAUGUAAUUCGGCGAUGCCUGAAAGCUUUCUCGACGAAAGAUUCACGGUUGCACUUUAUUACGAAAAACGAGCUGUUGAACACCAUCGCGGAACAUGGACUCAGACCUGGUUUUCGCGACGAAAACGAUCUCAACUCUUUGCAACUGCGAGCAGCUGAGCAGAAUCUGGAUGAUGGAACUCGCCUUCUGCAAACGCCCGCCGAUCGUAGUGGAAAGGGAUUUAUUGUGGGUGGGAUUAUGCUUGCGUAUUCCACUCGUGGCAUAUCUGUUGAUGAUACACAUGGCGCGACACGAUACAACUUGAAAUUAGCGACCAUUGUUAUCGCCGAUGAAAGGGACAGAGGGCUUCCCGCUGCAACUAUGACGUCGUUGGAUGUCGAGAAGCUAUUCGAAGAAUGA